GUGUUUUCCCAACCCGCAACAUUUUAAUUGGAUCAUUUUGUCUCAUUGAAAUUUGCACCAACACACCAAUAAACAAUACUCCUGUUCUUUCUACCCUAUCUCCUCCACCUGCUCCUUAAACGUUUGAACUCCCACGACUCGUCGAGGCUCGAUGACACAACCGAGACAGGCACGACCUGGUCCACGUAGAAGUGGAGGCUGUCACGGGGAGCCUCGCGGCCGUCGCCGCCCGCCCAAGACCAAUCCCCUGUCGUUGUCUCCUUCAGCAUAUGACCCCCCACUCAGCGCACGCGCGACAUCGUCAUCACUCACCUCACCAAAACCCUAUCCUCUCGCUCCGUCUUCUCCAAGUGCUACGGCACAAUGUCCCCUGACGAGGCCUUCUUCGUCGCCGCCAGCUUCGCCGCCUCUGACAAUGACGGAAUCAUGAUUGUGCUCGCGUGUGUAAUUGUCCUCACUUCAAUGUCGGCACCGCAGAGAUUUCUCUACACUGUCUCCCUUUGCUCACUCUUAUCGCACCCUAACUCCCUCGCUCUCUCUCGCCAAUUCGUCACAAUCAGCGAAGUGGCGCGCAUGUCGAGCGGAAAUGGAAAGAAAAAGCGAAAAUGAAGGGGCAAUUAUCUGUUACGGUAGACGCAGCUGUGGAAACUGUUAGUAACAAGCUCGGUGGAUUGAGUAUUGGCGAAAACAGUGGGAAAACUGCGGCGCAAGGUUCGACUGUGAUUUGGAAACGUAAAUCUUAUGGAACUGCGAGUGGAGGCAAUGUUACUGAAGUUGAAAAUGGAGCUGGAGUUGAUGCAGGUGUGGCUUCAACGCAAAAGAGCAGUGGCAGUGGUUUGAGUAAGAUAUUUUGCGGUUCGGACCAGGAUGAUUGAGUUGGUGGCAAAAGGUUUGGCUACGAUAAAGGUAUGUUGAUUGUACUUCAUGUUACAUUUUUUUUAUAAUUUUUUUUGGGGUUGAUAACUACUAGUUGGAUGAACUUUAUUUGAUUGAUUUUCAGUGGGGGAUUUAGUUUUAUUGGCUAUACUAUUUUAUAUGUAACUACUUUUUGUUAUUUAUUGGCUAUACUAUUUUAUUUUUGAACAGUUAUACUGCUGUUAGUGUAUUUGUUCUUGGACGGAUGUUUCGUGAGGCUUGGGGAACUGAAGCUUCAAAAAAGCAGGUUGAAUUUAAUAAUUUUCUUGAGGGAAAAUUAUAAAUUAUAGAUAAAGAACAAAGAGGAUUGAAUUUAAUAGCAUCUCUAGGAUUCUGUGGUAGUGUCAGAAAAAGCAUCUCCAAGGAUGGAACAAUUUUUCCUACAAACUUUUCAGGCAAUUGCAACUAUAUAAAACUAGAAAAGAAUGUACAAGAAUUUUUUCAGUUUCUUAAAUUUUGCUUUACAAUGUUCUAAUAAAUUUAGUUAAAGAUUGAAAUAUUUUUAUCACAAACAUUUGGUCACAUUGUGCACAUUCAGACCUUCUAUUUUUUCUGCAAAAUUCAGGGUGUCCUUGUUAAAUUUUUGGUUGUGUGAGGAGAAUUAUUAAAGAUAUCUUAACUGGAAUAUCUUUAUUAAUUUCCAAUCUUGAUCUGUUCAAAAUUUGCCCAGUCUCUGAAUUUUUCUUUUCUUUUUUAGGUUCAGCUUUCUCAUUUGCAGGAUUGAUGUUAAAAAUGUAUGAAUAAUGAUCAGCUUGUGACUAAUGUGACACUCUUUCAACAUGCGGUUUAUGAUCAUUUGCUUUUCUAUUUCUUGAUUAUGGAACUAGGCAUACUUACAUUUUGUGUAUAAUUUUGACUAAUGUCUUUCACCCCCUUCCGACAUGCACUUUUCAGUACAUGUGGCUGUUAAUGGUAUUCACUUUGUAACUAUAAGUUUAUACUCUUGUAGGAUUUUUUUAAUGCAUUUUUUAAUUCCAAUUAACCUUUAGUUUUAAUUCGUGCUCAAACCAAUGAAAUGGACAUUAUUAUUACCUUAUCUUUCAAAGAAACCAUAUGUGCAUAUAAAUGAAACUAGUAACUGUUUUUCUUGGAGACCGUGGACAGCGUCCCCGAGAAGAUUAUGGUAAGAUUAUUUUACUUGAUUAAUUCAAGAAAAUUCUUGGUAUUUUGAACAAUAUAGUCAGAUAUUGAAUUGUAAGGAUAUCAUAAAGUAUGCAUCUAUAUGGUUAUAGGCUAUAGCUACUAUGAUUACAGAUUUUUGAUAUGUAGUAAGGAUAUUAUAGAGUGUGUAUGGAGAAUAAUGAUCCUGAGUUCCCCAAUAGCCAUAUGAUGUGUUGUUAUGGUUGGUUCUAACUUCUUAGAAACAAUAUUAAAUCUCUGCGGUGCAGAGAAAAAUUGUAACCUUUCUGUUGGUCCAAUAUACCUUAACCUCCUCAGAAAAUGAAUUUCCUCCAAUGGAUCAUGAUUUCAA